ACCCUUUAUUAUGUCCAUGGUUCGUACCAGCGUACCAUCCAAAUGGAUAGCAGCAUACCUCUUAGCUCUGGAGGUCAACAGGAAGUGCAUAUGCUACGUGGGAGGCUAUCGUUAGCAUUACAGUUGGUACAUAGCAAGUGUUAGCUAGGUUAACUAGCGUAUCGUUAGCCUUCUGGAUGCAAUGGCGACAAACCAAACAAGAAACAAACGACUUUAAAACUGAACCAAGUCAUUUGAACAAAAACUAUAUAAUCAUCGUAGACGAGAGAAAGAAGCAGAAACACCCGAGACGUCUCUACUUCUGCUGCAAGAACUCUAGAUAGAUAUCCAACAUGGGGUACGGAGACAUCAUGAGGGUAGAAACAUCUGGAGCAUCCAACCUGACCGCCGGAGCUGACAGGCUGACAGGUGGUGUACAGGCAUCGGAAAAAAUGGCGAACCAUGAUUUGGCUUGUAUGAGAACAUAUAAGACCAUCAUUGGGAAGGUGGCGAGCAAACGUGAUGUUGACCCAGCUCUCAUCGCUGCCAUCGCCUCCAGAGAGUCCCGGGGUGGUGCCGCCAUCUCCGGCAACAAUGGUUGGUGCCCGAGACGUAUAGGCUUUGGCCUGAUGCAGGUUGAUAAGGAUGCGCACACACCAAUAGGAGCCUGGAACAGUGUGGAACACGUGGACCAAGCCACUGGGAUCCUGGUUGAUAUCAUUAAAGAAGUCCAGCGGGAUUUCCCCGAUUGGAGCCGUGAAAAGCAACUGAAGGGAGCGAUCGCGUACUACAACAUGGGAAGAAAUGUCCUAUCCUGUCCUCACGGUGUGGACCAUCUUACCACAGGCAAAGACUACUCCUCUGAUGUCGUUGCCAGAGCCCAGUUUUACAAACGAAACGGGUUUUAGAGAAAUCCCACUUGAGCAGCCCAAACGUUCUGUAUCAAAUAAUAAAUGAUUAUAAUUAUGUUUUGAUUAAAUAUGAUUGUUUACGUAUAAGUGUACAUGUAAUAGUCGACAUAUAGGCCAAUGGGUUGUCAAAAAUCUGCGUUGCCUACUUUGAUUCACUCCUUAUCUUCACAAAGUGGAUCUCGUAAUUAUUAUCUUGCUCUACUUUUUAUGUAUCGUCCUCCGUAGUCAUUUGUGGCAAGAUGGCUUUUCUAAAAUAUGAAAAGAAAGUAUAAAUAUAUGACCACUUCAAAUGCCAUUUUGAAGAAAUACCAACACAAUCAUAUCAUUCAAAUCAUAUCUGUUCAGCAUUCUUAAUAAAAAUGUGGAUUUCA